AGCAGUUCCGGGUUAGAGGCACGCGUGUGUAUUAGGGGGGUCAGCCGGCAAGUUGUCAGGGCUAUGCGGUGUCACUACGAGGUGCUCGGGGUCCGCAGGGACUGCACUGACGAUGACCUGAAGAAGGCGUACAGGAAGCUGGCCCUCAGGUGGCAUCCAGAUAAAAACUUGGACAACGCAGAGGAAGCGUCAGAGCAGUUCAAACUGAUCCAGGCGGCCUACGAUGUGAUCAGCGAUCCCCAGGAGAGGGCUUGGUAUGAUAACCACAGAGACGCUCUGCUGAAGGGCGGCGUGGGCGGCGAGUACCAGGACGACAGCUUGGAUCUGGUCCAGUAUUUCACAGUCACCUGUUACUCCGGUUAUGGAGAUGAUAAGAAGGGCUUCUACGCCGUCUACCGACAUGUCUUUGACCUGAUUGUGAAGGAAGAACUGGAUAGCAAGAUAAACGAUGACGGCGAGGAAUACCCAACGUUUGGAGACUCUCGGAGUGAUUAUGACACGGUGGUGCACCCGUUCUACGCCUACUGGCAGAGCUUCUGUACAGGGAAGAACUUUGCUUGGAAAGAAGAGUACGACACGAGGCAAGCCUCCAACCGAUGGGAGAAGAGAGCCAUGGAGAAGGAGAACAAGAAAACACGGGACAAAGCCCGAAAAGAGCGCAAUGAGCUUGUCCGGGAGCUGGUGGCCUUCAUCAGGAAAAGAGACAAGAGGGUACAAGCCCAUAGGAAACAGCUAGAGGAGCAAAACGCAGAGAAAGCCAAGAAGGUGGAAGAGCUCCGAAGACAACAGAAGCUGCAGAAUGCUAAGCUGGCCGAGCAGUACAAGGAGCAGAGCUGGAUGGCCAUGUCUCAGCUGGAGAAGGAGCUGCAGCAGAUGGAGGCUCAGUACGACAAGGAGUUUGGAGACGGCUCGGAGGACGAUGAAGAGGAGGCAGAAGAUCAGCAAGAUGGACGAGCCAGCGAUGAGAUAGAUGAAGAAUUACUGUACGACGACCUUUAUUGUCCGGCAUGUGACAAGGUGUGCCAGUCCGAAAAAUCGAUGAGGAAUCAUGAAAAGUCUAAAAAACACCGGGAGAUGGUCGUCCUGCUGCGGCAGCAGCUGGAGGCAGAGGAGGAAGAGUUCAGCACCUCUGUUGGAGAAGAGAACGGUGUAGUGGAGGGAGAAGACGACGAGGAAGAGGAGGAGAAUCUAGAGGAAACCUUAAAACCUAAGCUUAGUAAAAAGCAAAAGAAGAAGAAGCAGAAAUCUUCCAAGACGUCUGAUGAAAGCUUGAUGGUGGAGAGUGAUAAAGAAACGAGUCCAGCAGCCAAACCCGCAGAGGAUGAAGCAGAGCUGAACGGUGUGACGGAGCAGCAAGAGGACCUUGUACCAGACGCAGACAACACAACAGCCGCUACUGAGGGGAAACAGCCAACAACAAAGCCGAAGGGGAAGAAGGCAAAAGAUUUGAAGAAAGCCGCCAAGAUGGCAGCAGCCCAAGAAAACCCGGAGCAGCAGACCGAACAGUCCCUAAAGUGCAACACCUGUGGGACCGAGUUUUCUACUCGCAACAAACUGUUCACACACCUGAAGAACACGGGCCACGCAAUGUCCGUCAGUAACGCCCCCACAAGCGUGGCGGCGGCAGCGACCAGAUCCAAGAAGGACAAACGGAAAAAUAAAUGACCUAAAAUAGAGGAACUGAGCUGGACUGAUGACUGCAGCGCUGCGUGCAGGGAAUGGUGCAGGACCGUAAAACCUACCGCACAAGCCUCAGACCACCCACCAAUGCAUGGGAUUUAUUAAGCUGGUCUUUCUACUGCACAGUUUUUGGGGUAAUGUCAUUGAAGCCAUGCCAAUGGAAGAACCUGGCGUGAACAACACCCCCCCACCCCUUCCCAUCAUCAAAAACAUGGAAUCUGAUCCGCACCAAACGCGAGUGUGAAAGUAGCCGUAACGAGAACAUGUUAUUUAUUUAUUUUUUUUCCCCUAAAAGCUGCAAACAAUAAUACAAAAAGCCCAUGAAGGUUUAUAUCUUAAGUAAAGCUACAAUUCAGAAGCAUUUUAACAGUGCACUAUGUCCACCUAUGAGCACUAUUUAUUUUGUAAUUUGUGGCCAAUUUGUGCGCAUUCAUUACUUAUCCUCUACUCUAUAAUGCUCCAGAGCUGUGUGCAUACUUUACGUAUCUUCUAUGGCAGUGUAUUUAUAUACACAAUAAAGCCACCAGCAGAAUAGUGAGUGCAGCUCUGGAGUAUAAUACAGGAUGUAACUCAGGAUCAGUACAGGAUAAGUAAUGUAAUGUAUGUACACAGUGACUGCACCAGCAGAAUAGUGAG